CACGUGCGCCCCUCUCUCACGUCACGUGACCCCACCACCCCUCCAGCUCCUCCCUCCCUCCUCUUCUUCUCUCUCUACCGAUACACACACCAACCCACACAGGGCCUGUAUCUAUCUGUACAUCAUCAUUUUUUGGAUCAUUUCUGUGUCUAAUUUUUUUUUAAUAAUUCAUUAAUCAAAAUUUACUAUGAUGUGAAGAAAAGCGCGAUGAACGCGUACAAUCGGCUCCCGACCAGCGGAAACAGCAGCCCCUCGUCGCCGCCGUCGUCGCCGCUCAGCCGCUCCCCGCGGUACCGCCACCGCGGGUCCAAAUCGGGCCGCCCCCCUCCCAAGACACUCGCGCAGCGCCUCGCGUGGAUCGUACUCUCCGUCCUCUUGAAGCGGCAGGGGAUUUUCCUCUUCGCCCCUCUCUUGUAUAUUGCCGGGAUGCUGUUCUACAUGGGUACGGUGUCGUUUGAUGUCGUUCCGGUUAUUAAGCAUAGGCCUGCCCCCGGGUCGGUUUAUCGGAGCCCGCAGCUGUACGCCAAGCUCCGCCCGGAGAUGGACUCCGACAACUCCUCCGCCGAUGCGAUAUCUACUAUAUGGAAAAACUCUUACAAAGGUGGCGAGUGGAGACCAUGCAUUAAGAAGGCUUCUGAAGGAUUACCCGAGCCAAAUGUAUAUAUUUUUGUUGAGGCCAAUGGUGGUCUGAAUCAGCAGAGGACAUCGAUUUGCAAUGCAGUUGCUGUGGCAGGCUACCUUAAUGCAACUCUUGUAAUUCCAAACUUCCAUUAUCACAGCAUUUGGAGAGACCCAAGCAAAUUUGGCGAGAUAUAUGAUGAAGAUUUCUUUAUAAAAACCCUACAGAACGAUGUUCGGGUAGUUAAAACAGUUCCAGCAUACAUAAUGGAGCGAUUUGACUAUAACUUGAGCAAUGUGUACAACUUCAGGGUAAGAGCAUGGGCAUCCAUCAAGUACUAUAGUGAUACAGUUCUUCCAAAGCUACUUGAAGAAAAGAUCAUAAGGCUUUCUCCCUUUGCAAAUCGACUGUCAUUUGAUGCUCCACCAGCAGUACAACGACUUAGAUGUUUGACAAAUUAUCAAUCUCUAAGGUUCGCAAAUCCCAUAUCAACUCUAAGUGAAACUUUGGUUGCAAGAAUGAAGGAACACAGUGCAAAUAAUAGUGGCAAGUACAUCUCUGUGCACCUUCGCUUUGAGGAGGAUAUGGUUGCUUUCUCUUGUUGUAUAUAUGAUGGCGGAGAGCAAGAAAAACUAGACAUGGAUGCUGCUAGGGAAAGAGGUUGGAAGGGAAAAUUUACUAAACGUGGUAAAGUCAUUCGUCCUGGAGCCAUCAGGUUAAAUGGGAAAUGCCCUUUAACCCCUUUAGAGGUAGGUUUGAUGCUGAGGGGGAUGGGCUUUGACAGAACUACGUCUAUAUAUUUGGCAUCUGGAAGGAUAUACGACUCUGAGAGAUAUAUGGCUCCUUUGUUGGAAAUGUUUCCAUUACUACAAACGAAAGAGAUGCUGGCAUCUGUUGAAGAACUAGCUCCGUUUCAGAACUACUCGUCUAGAAUGGCUGCUUUGGACUACACUGUUUGUCUUCACAGCGAAGUAUUUGUAACAACUCAGGGUGGAAACUUCCCUCAAUUUCUUAUUGGUCACAGAAGAUAUUUGUACGGUGGACACUCCAGGACAAUUAGGCCUGACAAGCGGAAGUUGGCAAUAUUAUUCGAUAAUCCAAAUAUUGGGUGGAAAAGCUUCAAGAGGCAAAUGCUAAAUAUACGAGCACACAGUGAUUUAAAAGGUAUUGAACUCAAGAGACGGAACGACUCAAUAUAUUCAUACCCUUGCCCAGAUUGCAUGUGCAAAGUAGUGAACAAGUCGGAGGAUUUAAAAUCCUUAUAAUAGUGUGUGUGCACAUUUGUCUGCUAAGUGCUAACCUCAUAUAUCUUGAUUGUGAUUCUUUCAUUUUUUACCCCACUCAUAUCGAGAGAGAGAGAGGGGCAGACAUUAUUUUAGAAAGAAAAAAAAAGAAAAAAAAACGAGGAUUAGGGAUAUUUGUAGGAAGAAUUUGAUUUGUGUGCCGGGUAUUUAAAUGCAUCUGUUUUUGUGCACGAUGCACUACUAGAGAAAGGUAUGGUAUGGUACAGGUUUUGUUGAACAGCACAAAUCGUUACCCGGGCAAUUGUUGCUCAUUGUGCAUCGAUUCUUCGUCGUCUUUUAGCGCGCUACUGUAUCUGACAAGUUUGUAAAUCGACUCGAGAGAAGUUUGGACAUACUAUAUCUCUGUUUGUAAUGUACAUUAGUGGUUUCAUCUGUACAAGGGACCAUAUAGAGCAGGAUGAACACAUUUAUUACAUUAAUCGAAAUUUCUAGAUUUUGGAUUUUUUUUUUAGUAUUAUUCAGUUUUUAUUGGAAGGGAAGACAAGUGCUGUUGAUUCUUGAAUCCCAGAAAAUGAAUUUAUUUGUACAUUUUAGUCAU